AUGGCCGCGGCUCGGUCCCAGCAGCUCGGCUUCGGGGCCGCUCCCGCGCUGCCCGCGCCCCCGCCCGGCCCCGCCGCCGCCCCGCCGGCCCCGGGCCCCGGCUCCUUCGCCGGCUUCCUCGGCGCGGGCCCUGGGCCCGCCGCGCCGCCCCCCGCACCGCCCCGCGCGCCUCCCGCGCCCCCCGCAGGCGCGCCCGCCCCGUCGGCGUCCCAGCGCCGCAAGCGCACGUCGUUCAGCGCUGAACAGCUGCAGCUGCUGGAGCUAGUCUUCCGCCGGACCAUGUACCCCGACAUCCACCUGCGCGAGCGCCUGGCCGCGCUCACCCUGCUCCCCGAGUCCAGGAUCCAGGUGUGGUUCCAGAACCGGCGGGCCAAGUCAAGGCGGCAGAGCGGGAAAGCCUUUCAGCCCUCGGCCAGAUCCCAGCUUUUCCUCCACCAUGCUGUGCAGGGACCCGAAGUGAAAUGUUUGAAGCCCCAGUCGCCUCUUGAAGUAGACGUGAACUGCCUGCCCGAUCCCAACAGAGUUGGGGAGGGCAUCCCCCACCCGAGCUGCCAGGGUCAGCGCUUCGAAGCCUACUCUCCCCUCUCUGAAGACACUGGUUCAAAGCUGGACUCGUGGGAGGAACACAUCUUCUCUGCCUUUGGGCCCCUCCCCGGGAGUCUCACGGUCCUUUGA